AUGCCUCAACCUAACAGAGAUGGUAUGGCUAUCUCUAAUUGUCUAAUAGCCGAUGAAAGGAGAUACAUCCGUGCAGAAGAAGCAAAAGACCAUGAUGCAUGGAUUAAGAUGCUGACUGACGAACAAAGACUAAUAUAUGAUCAGAUAACGGAUGUCGUGUGCAAUAGACAAGGAGGUGUGUUUUUUGUUUAUGGUUUUAGAGGUACUGGGAAGACAUUCUUAUGGAGUACAUUGUCUGCCGCUGUUAGAUGCAGAGGUGAAAUAGUUUUAAGCGUUGCAUCAAGUGGUAUAGCUUCUCUUCUUUUGCCUGGUGGUCGGAUUACUCAUUCCAAGUUUGGAAUCCCUAUUCACCCUGAUGAGUCAACGUAUUGCUCAAUUGAUCCUCGGUCUGAAUUAGCGGAUUUGAUUAAAGAAACAUCACUUAUUAUAUGGGAUGAAGCUCCUAUGAUGAGUAGAUAUUCUUUUGAAUCUCUUGAUUGGAGUCUAUAUGAUAUUAUUUGCAACCCUGAAAGCAAACCUUUUGGUGGCAAAGUUGUUGUUUUCGGUGGUGAUUUCAGACAAGUAUUACCUAUUAUACAGGGUGCCGGGAGAGCUGAAAUUGUUUUGGCUUCUUUAAAUUCUUCUUAUCUUUGGGAUCAUUGUAAAGUGUUAACGUUGACCAAGAAUAUGCGGCUACUCAAUAGCAAACUAAGUUAUGCCCAGUCAGAAGAGAUCAAGGAAUUUUCGGAAUGGUUAUUAAAUAUUGGUGAUGGAAAAAUAGCCGAACUUUAUGAUGGUGAAGCUAUGAUUGAUAUCCCAGAAGAGUUUCUUAUUACUGAUGCGGACAAUCCAAUUGAAUCUAUUGUCAGGGCUAUUUAUGGAGAUCCAGCCCUUUUGCAUGAGGAAAAAGACCCUAAAUUCUUUCAACAGAGAGCAAUAUUGGCUCCUAGGAAUGAGGAUGUCAAUAAGUUGAAGCUAUAUAUGCUUGAGAAAUUCAAAGGUCAAGAAGUGGUCUACCUAAGUGCUGAUAUUCUUGAUCCCACAGAUUCAUAUUCAAAUACCAACCCGGCAAUUGUCAUUAUUGGUGAUCGAAUUGGAGAUAUUGUACUUAUUCCUAAAGUACUUAUUACCCCGUCAGACACGAAGCUUCCUUUCAAAAUGAGGCGGAGACAGUUCCCUAUUGCUCUUGCGUUUGCAAUGACAAUCAGCAAGAGUCAAGGUCAAUCUCUAAGUGAAGUUGGAUUGUAUUUACCAAAAUCGGUCUUCUCACAUGGUCAGCUUUAUGUUGUUCUGUCAAGGGUUACAUCCAAAAAAGGUUUAAAAGUUAUCAUUCUCGACAAAGAUGGUAAGAUCGCGAGACAGGCACUUAAUGUGGUGUUUAAGGAGGUUUUUCAAAAUUUAGUUAGAUAG